UCUGUCUCAGGACGGAUAGUUCAAAGAAACCCCGAACAUAAAGACUGUUCCCUUGUAGUCCAAGUGGAAAGCAAGGACUCAUUUGAAAGAGAAGUUGAUGUAUGCAGGGAAAACACCCCGACUGAAUAUAGAUACUGAGAAUAUAUUCUUUUUUUUUUCCUUUUUCUAACUUCUGGCUCCAACAGGGUCUCCUGCCAUGGAUCCGUUCCUGCUGACUGUCAUCUUGGGUUCAGUCUUCUGUUUAGUGAUACUGCUGCUGGUGGUGGUGCUCUACAGAAAGGAUCUACUCUGCUGCAGACUCAGGCCCUGCAGGACACAGGAGUAUGCAAAUGACCUGCCCCAGUACAGCAGCAGACAUUCUCUCUUUGGCAUCGCCCACCGUGGGCACAAUGCCGCCUUGAAUCAGCGAGCGAUGGGAUCACAGCUUCCUGGAACGCUGUUUAUCAUCGGAAAGCCAAACGACUACCACCUGUCGGGCCCGCAGCCACGACUGCCAUCUUACGAAAGCGUGCGGAAGAAGGACCGCCAAAGACAGAUCCACAGCAUGAUCGCUCGGCGCUUUGGCCUGGAAAGCAGUCACGAUGAGCCGCCACCAACAUACGAGGAAAUAUUUUAUUCUAAUCCACAAGCUUCUCCAACCAACAAUCAAUCUUUGGACGUUCACCUGUCCAUAAACACCUCACACUCGCGUGAAGAAACACGUGGCACAGCGGCGCAGAGUUACGCCUCUGUCUCCCUGAUGGGCAAAGAAGACCCCCGCUGCCAAGACAUUCCCACUGGUUCUGCUAACCGAACGGCCGUUUGAGUCAGAGCUGAUGAAUCUGUUCAAUUCUUGGGAGUGUUCACGCGACAAUGACUCUGACUCGAGCUGUGCGCUCCUCCAGCCCGAGCCGAGCAUGACUGCGCUGCCUUUUCGCUCUUUCAAAGGGUGGUUCAAAACCGGCCUGACAGAACAUACGACGAUAAGCAAAAGGGCACAAACCGUUGCUGAAGGUGCCAGGUUUUUCCAAAGUGAAAAAGCAAAACGAUUAGAAAAAUUUCUGUGCCACAGAUUCACAAAGAUUCUUCACAAUUCGAGUAAAAAGAAGCAAUUUUGUCAGAUGGACCAAAAAAAAAAAAAAAUCUGCAUCAACCUGUUGCUACAAGUGCAUGUGGAAAAUACUUGAUUUCAUGUACCUUUUCAGAAUUCACUCGUCUCGGUUGCUGUAUUAACAUUAAUCAUAGCAAAUCUGAUGAUGAAUUUAGCAGUGCAUGUUGGAUUUUCUGAACUUUGUAAAUUGUUGUUAAUAAAUGCACUUGGCUUAUUUGGCACUUCAACAACCCAAAGCGCGCCAGCAGGUCCUCCUCCGAAAUGCUAAUAAAAACCCAAAUGAAUGUGUUGCAGCGGACUAGUUAAAGUCUUGGCUUAAAUCCAACUAUGAUGUUGUGGACUGACCUUAAACAGGCCGUUAAUGGAAAACCCUCCAGAGUGACUGACCUGAAAUCAAUAAUGAGUGAUCUAAGUUCCUGAGCAGUGACUUAUUACCAGUUCUUACAAAUGCUCUACAUUCUAGGAGAUGACAAAUAGCUAACCUGUGUGUUUUUCACAACACUCAAUGUUAGACCAAGCAUACAAAUACUGAAAACGCUGUUAUUAAUUUGCUCUGAUACUAUAAUGCAAUGUGCUUCAACUCAUGCAGUUUUAUUAAAUUUUCAUCACUGAA